GGCCGUGAAGCUGGAGCGGGAGAAGCAGGGGCAGCGGAGGCAGGUAAAGGUGCGACUGUGUGCGUCUCUGAAUGAGGGGCAGACAGGAAGGCGGGAAGGCGUGAGGACGAGACGGAGAGCCACGAAGGGAGGACGGGGGAGUCUGCCGAGAGCCGGGGGAGCUGGGGCCGGGAAGGAGGAGGCGCUGAGCGGGGAAGGAUGUCUGAGCGGAUCGCUUCGUGUGGGAGCCUGUGUGACAGCAGCAACCUGCUGCUACAGUACUGCAACAACGAUGACACGGUGUCGGCCAGCAGCAACAUGGACAUGGAGGACAGAGUUUCCCACCUGGAGCAGAGGCUGCAGCUGCAGGAGGAUGAGAUCCAGCUGCUGAAGGCGGCUCUGGCGGAUGCUCUGCGUCGGCUGGGUUACUGUGAGGAGCAGAGCCAGGGGACGCCUGCAGGGGGCGCUCACGCUGGGAGGAGGCCGCUGGCUCCUGCCGCCUCAGCGCCUCCUACCAAGGUGCGUCAGCUCCUGCAGGCUCUUCCCUCCAGACCUCUGAGUAACGGCUACGUUCAGCAGAAGCGCCUCCUUUCCUCGCCGUCAUCGCCGAAGAAAGAGGUGCUGCAGUCUAUUAAGAGGAAGAGCAUGUCCACAGAAAGACUAACCCUGAUUCGCAGAGAGAUGGCAGCAGAGAGCCGGAGCCGAACCACCUCCUCCAGCAGCUCCUCCGGUGGAAAAAGCAAAUCCAAAGAAUGCACCUACAAUGCAGAGGACGGAUACGUGAGGAUGUUCCUCCGAGGUCGUCCCGUCACCAUGCACGCCCCAGACCAGCAGCGGGAGAGCUACAGCCUGGACCAGAAGGUGGCGCUCCCGGACAAAAAGCUGAAGCUGCAAUGGGUGUACGGCUACCGCGGCCGCGACUGCCGCUCCAACCUCUACCUGCUGCCCACCGGGGAGAUCGUGUACUUCAACGCCUCGGUGGUGGUGCUGUACAACACAGAGGAGCAGCAGCAGAGACAUUACCUGGGCCACAACGACGACGUCAAAUGCCUGAGUGUUCAUCCUGACAUGGUGACCAUCGCAACGGGUCAGGUGGCUGGAAACUCCAAGGAUGGAAAGCUGCUCGCUCCUCACGUUCGCGUCUGGGACUCGGUGAGCCUCAACACGCUCCACGUGAUCGGGAUGGGGGUGUUCGACAGAGCGGUCACCUGCGUCUCCUUCUCCAAGUCGAACGGUGGUUCCUUCCUGUGUGCCGUGGAUGACGCCAACGAUCACAUCCUGUCAGUCUGGAACUGGCAGAAAGAGAAACAGCUGGCUGAAGUUAAGUGCUCCAAUGAUUCUGUGCUGGCUGCUGUGUUUCAUCCCAUGGACACGAACCUGAUCGUCACCUGUGGAAAAUCCCACAUCAACUUCUGGACCAUGGAGGGCAACACGCUCAGCAAGAGACAAGGACUGUUUGAGAAACAUGAGAAACCAAAGUACGUGCUGUGUGUGGCUUUUGCUGAAAACGGAGAUGCCAUCACAGGAGACUCCAGUGGGAACAUCUACAUCUGGGCCAAAGGCGGUCACCGCAUCAGCCAGGUGGUCUCGGGUGCCCACGAAGGUGGCAUUUUCUCCGUUUGUGUCCUGAAGGAUGGCACCAUGGUGUCUGGAGGAGGGAAGGACCGCAAGGUGGUGCUGUGGGACCACAACUACAGGAAACAGGCCGAGAUGGAGGUUGGGGAACCUCUGGGCCCGGUCCGGGCUCUGGCUGAAGGUAAACCAGGGGAACUCUUCAUUGGAACCACCAAGAACGCCAUCAUCAGAGGAGCCUUCCCUGAUACCUUGACCCCUAUAGUGCAGGGUCACACGGAUGAGCUGUGGGGUCUGGACGUCCAUCCCUCCAUGGAGCAGUUCGUCACCUGCUCUCAGGACAAGCAGGUCCACCUCUGGGACACCAACACUCACCAGCCCCUCUGGAGCAAGACCAUCGAGGAUCAGGGAAGGUCUGCCGGUUUCCAUCCCAGCGGGGCCGUUCUGGCUGUGGGCACCAUGACUGGAAGGUGGUUGGUGCUGGACACCGACACUCGGGAUCUAGUUUCUAUGCACACAGAUGGCAAUGAGAUCAUUUCAAACGUCAAGUACUCUCCAGAUGGUAACUUCCUGGCUGUUGCUUCCCAUGACAACUUUGUCUACAUCUAUGCUGUGAGCGAGAAUGGCAAGAAGUACAGCCGCGUGGGCAAAUGCACCGGUCACUCCAGCUUCGUCACUCAUCUGGACUGGUCUAAAGACAGCCAGUAUCUGGUCACCAACUCGGGAGACUACGAGAUCCUCUUCUGGGAGGCAUCCAGCGGUAAACACAUGACCAACAUGGACACCAUGCGCAACCUGGAGUGGGCCACUUCUACCUGCACUCUGAGCUUCAAUACCUUUGGAAUUUGGCCAGAUGGAGCAGACGGCACAGACAUCAACGCCGUGUGCAGGUCACAUGAUGGAUCCCUGCUGGCCUCUGCUGAUGACUUUGGCAAAGUGCACUUGUUCUCCUUCCCCUGCUCCCAACCAAGGGCUCAGAGUCACGAAUACGGCGGCCACAGCAGUCACGUGACCAACGUUGCCUUCCUGCACGACGAUAGUCACCUGAUCUCCACCGGCGGGAAAGACACCAGCAUCCUGCAGUGGGUCGUUGCCUAGGCGCCGCUCUUCCUCAUCACAUCUCCCGUUACACCCCCUCUCUCCACCCCAUGUCCGUCCCCUUGCUCACCUCUUUAUCAGAUUACCCUUCCCUGCCAGCAGGUGGCAGCACCCCUCCGUGCCUACUGGAAUCUGAGAAACAUCUGGACCGACCCGCAGAACGCGAUGAUCUCGAGUAAUAAAUAGAGAAAGGUGAUGGAAGAGAAAACGAGUUGUUGUGAUGAAGAAAUGUAACAUUAGUUGGUUCCCGGCUGGCUGCACAUGACGAAGCUGUGACUCUUAGCGCUGGUACUUCCUGAGCUGUGUUCAUUUCAACCCCCUUUAACAGGAACUCCUCCUGUUUUUUAUAUAAGACACACUUUUUGGGCUGAAUUUGGCUCCUUUAUUACAAAGCAGGUCUGAAUGCACGUUGCACAGUUCAGAUUUGGGUUGCACUCACUCUUGGGUUAGAUAUUAUGACGCUGGUUCCUGUUUAUUCAGUGACGAAUGAAGUCAGCGUCCUAUGAGGUUUGUGCAUCGUACUGAAUAAAGUGCGAUGCAAAAACCUCAUAAGACUCCCAUUCUCCUAAAUAUCUACAGAUCUUCAGCUUGCUUUGUAGAAGAGGAGCUUAUAUGAAUGAAUGACCGGGUCAAAACACGCUGCUGCUAGGGUUCUAUGUCCAAAUGCAGCAUGUUGUUCUGAGCAUGCACGGGUCUCUCCUUUAAACUACAAACUACAAUUUCACCUUUAAACUUGAAACAUACUCCUGCAGGGAUUUAGCAACGUAGAAUGUAACUUUAUCAAAGUUUCAAUUUCCAAAGCUGGAGAGGCUGGUGCGUGUUUGGAGGAACCGGCCGACCCAGAGAUGGUGCCUGACCCCAAAAAAAAACAGCUGGAGUUCCCCUCUGGGCAUAGCGAAGAUGUCCCCUAUUUCUCUUCCACUUUUCCUUUCAGCGUGAUUCCCAAGGUCCGUUGAGUCGCAGUUUGUUCCUAAGUGUUCACGUGUAGCUUCUGGAGAUGGCGAGCGGUACAAAGUGUCUGUGUUCAUGUCUGCCCCUGCUCCCCACGCUGCUGUUUUUGAUUGUACUGCUGUAACUGUGCUGAGAAGGCACUAGGUGGCGCUGUAGUGUAAGAGAAUGAGCAUGACUGAGGCUGCCUCCUGCUGUAGAUGCUCUUAAUGUCUGUAAACUUCUAUAUUCCACAGUAGAUUGGAGUGGCCGUGUUAUUUUAAUAUAUAGCGCUAACAAUAAUGGAUGUUAAUAUAAUUGUGGCACUUCUAGCUGUGGACAGAAAUUUAAUGUAGACUGCUGUGCUUUGCCUUCUUUCUUUUUUUUUCUUUUAAUACAUUUUUUUUUCUUAUCCAAAUGCUGUGUAGAAUUUUCUUUUACACUGUAAAAUGAAAAAUUAAUAAAAUGGGGGAAAAAAUAUUCA